CCAGCAUGACGAACAAGGUGCUCGUGUUCUGCUUUCUGCUCUGCGGGAUUGUGAUUAUCAGUGCCGGGAAUCCGAAUGAUGAGGAUGUCUUACCGGAGUUUCGGAAUGUCAGGCAACUCAGAAACUUGGGCAUCGAGUUUGCCGAGUACUUUCGGAACAUCUCACUAGAGGAUUUGGGCAUCUCCCAGUUGUUGGGUGUGGAGGAUCUGCUGUGCGCCGCCGAUAUGACGGCGCUAAUAACAGGACUGCGAAGUGCAGAGUACUGGGCGUUGAAAAUGAUCGAUGCCUGGGGCUCCAUUCCAUCGGGUCUGCUCACCGGCAAUUCGUACGACCUGGGCAACUUCGACGAGUGCCUGAACAUCAGGAAGCAGAUCGGCCAGGUACGAACUAUUCAAGGAAAGUACUGCUUUCUCUCGGUAUCCCCUGCCAAAUUAUUGGGAAUCGAAACAUCCCUCGGCACCUUCCGCACUGCCACUUGCUUUCCUGCAUCCUGCUCGGCGGUCCACAUGAACGCCGUUAUGGAUCAACUGAUGACGAAGUUGCUCAAUGUGAGUGGUUCCAGCUCAGGCAUGAGCAUCAGUGAGGGCAGUUGCCAGACAAGGGAAAGCGAGCCCUUGGAUGGACUCACCAUUUUCAUGAUAGUUAUGUUAGCGGUGAUGAGUUGCUUAGUGGUAUUCGCCACUCUGUGGGACUACUUCCUAGUCAAAGAUCAGGCUCAGCUUGCCAGCAUUGUGAAGAUCUUCUCAGCUCGGGCCAAUUCUCGAGCCCUGUUUCGCGUGGUGCAAAGCCAUUCGAAUCCGAAUGUGAUCGACUGCCUUCAUGGAAUCCGCUGUCUGUCGCUCAUUUGGGUGAUUACUUGCCAUCAGUACUCCGCUUCUCUUAUUUCGCCACACAUCAAUUUGUUCAGUGCCGCAACGUGGCUUGAACAACCUUUUGCCAGUUUUAUUCUGCAUGGCUUCAUAGCCGUGGACUCAUUCCUAGUGAUUGGCGGCUUCCUAGUGGCUCUGAUUCCAUUGCGAUUAAUGGAUAAGACCAAGGGCAAACUUAAUGUGCCGAUGAUGUACUUACACCGCAUAAUCCGCAUCGCUCCCCUCCUGGCCAUGGCCAUAGUGAUCCACAUGAAGCUGAUGCCUCUGAUAUCCGAUGGGCCACUCUUCAAAGGUGGCUAUCUCGGAAACGCGGCUUGCAGGUCUGGUUGGUACUGGACUUUGCUCUUCGUGAAUAACUACACAGAUGCCAAGUGCCUGGGUCAAUCGUGGUAUCUGUCGAUGGACAUGCAGCUGUACAUCAUCUCGCCGAUCUUCUUGAUUUCCCUCUACAAAUGGGGCAAGAAAGCAGCUGCCGGUAUUUUCAUUCUCAUACUUUCACUUGCCGCCUGCCUCUUUGCCACCAUGAUGGUCAACAACUACUCCCUGAUGGUCACAAAUGCCACUCCAGGAGCAACGGAAGCUGCGUACUAUGCAACCCAUACGCACGCCACACCUUGGCUAAUAGGAUUCCUCUUCGGAUACUUCCUGCAUCUGAGCAGGGGGAAGAAGUUCCAGCUCAGCUGGGUGUCCGUGUGGUCGGGAUGGAUCCUCUGCCUGGCCAUGAUCUUCACAUCGCUCUUUGCCCUGUAUCCACCGUCCAAGUGGUCUGAUCCUUCGGCGUCCACCUUGGCGGAGACUUCUUACUAUACUUUCACGAGACUGGGCUGGGCGUUGGCCCUUUGCUGGGUGAUCUUUGCCUGCGUGCAGGGAUACGGAGGACUGGCCAAUAGUUUCCUCUCCUCUCCGCUGUGGCAACCCCUCUCCAGGCUGUCGUAUUCCGUUUUCAUUUGGCACAUGUUCUUCAUGGAGAUGAACGCCCGGAGUACCAGGACGAACACUUACUUCUCGGAUUACCAAAUGAUGCUUAACAUCUGGUCGACCUUUGGAUUCACCGUGCUGUUUUCCUAUGCAAUGCAUCUGCUCAUCGAGGCGCCAUUCGGAGGACUUGACAUCUUCCUGAGGCCCAAGGCAAAAAGCUCUCCUAUAGAAAACCAGACAACCCCCCUUGCUGAUAAGGAACUUAGGGACCCAGAAGAACCUAGGGACCCAGAAGUACCAGAAGUACCAGAUGUACCAAAAGUGCCAGUGGAACCUACAACCUCUACUCUAGAUUAGUUAUGAUAUAAUGUCUGAUUCUAACAACUAAGGUAG